UACAGUGUGCAGCAGAGUACGAUAAUUCCCGAGUCCAGGCCGAGAGUGUGAGAGGCGGCGGCCGUGCUCAGCUGGCCACGUAUUUCCCUUCAUUUACAAGUCUUCCGGCGCACCCACGGACCUGAUAUCUUGUUAAUUUGUGCACAAAUCUACCGGCAACAUGACGGACUCCAAGUACUUUACCACCACCAAGAAGGGAGAAAUAUUUGAGCUGAAGUCAGAGCUCAACAGUGACAAGAAGGAGAAGAAGAAGGAGGCCGUGAAGAAGGUUAUUGCCUCCAUGACUGUUGGGAAGGAUGUGUCAGCGCUGUUCCCUGACGUUGUGAACUGCAUGCAGACAGACAACCUGGAGCUGAAGAAGUUGGUGUACCUCUACCUGAUGAAUUAUGCCAAGUCCCAGCCAGACAUGGCCAUCAUGGCUGUGAACACAUUUGUUAAGGACUGUGAGGACCCCAAUCCUCUGAUCCGAGCACUGGCAGUUCGCACAAUGGGCUGCAUCCGAGUGGACAAGAUCACCGAGUACCUCUGUGAGCCCCUGCGCAAAUGUCUCAAGGAUGAGGACCCAUACGUGAGGAAGACUGCGGCCAUCUGUGUGGCCAAGCUGCAUGACAUAAACUCUUCCAUGGUGGAGGAUCAGGGAUUCCUUGACCAGUUGAAAGAGCUCCUCUCAGAUUCUAACCCAAUGGUGGUGGCCAAUGCUGUGGCCUCCCUGACGGAAAUCAACGAGGCCAGCAGCUCCGGCCAGCCCCUGAUGGAGCUGAAUGCCGCCACCAUGAACAAGCUGCUGACUGCCCUCAACGAGUGCACGGAGUGGGGCCAGGUGUUCAUCCUGGAUGCCCUCUCCCAGUACAGCCCCAAGGAUGAGCGAGAGGCACAAAGCAUUUGUGAGCGCAUCACUCCCCGCUUGGCCCAUGCCAACGCUGCCGUUGUCCUUUCUGCCGUUAAGUGCCUCAUGAAAUUCAUGGAACUGAUGGUUAGUGACUCAGAGUUUGUGAAGAACCUGACCAAGAAGUUGGCACCUCCCCUGGUGACCCUGCUGUCCUCUGAGCCUGAGGUUCAGUAUGUUGCCCUGCGUAAUAUUAACCUAAUAGUACAGAAGCGACCUGACCUCCUCAAACAUGAGAUGAAGGUGUUCUUUGUCAAGUACAAUGACCCCAUCUAUGUGAAGCUGGAGAAGCUGGACAUCAUGAUUCGUCUGGCAUCUGAAGCAAACAUCGUGCAGGUCCUCUCAGAGCUGAAGGAGUACGCCACGGAGGUGGAUGUUGACUUUGUACGCAAGGCUGUGAGGGCCAUCGGGCGCUGUGCCAUCAAGGUAGAAACAUCUGCCGAGCGCUGUGUCUCUACCCUCCUGGACCUCAUUCAGACCAAGGUGAACUAUGUGGUGCAGGAGGCCAUCGUCGUGAUCAAGGACAUUUUCCGAAAGUACCCCAACAAGUAUGAGAGCAUCAUUUCCACCCUCUGUGAGAACCUUGACACCCUGGAUGAGCCUGAAGCCAGAGCCUCUAUGAUCUGGAUCAUUGGAGAGUAUGCUGAACGUAUUGACAAUGCCGAUGAGCUGCUGGAGAGCUUCCUGGAGGGCUUCCACGACGAGAACACGCAAGUGCAGCUGCAGCUCCUCACAGCCAUUGUGAAGCUGUUCCUCAAGCGCCCCACGGACACCCAGGAACUGGUGCAGCAGGUGCUGAGUCUGGCCACACAGGACUCAGACAACCCAGACCUGAGGGACCGAGGCUUCAUCUACUGGCGCCUCCUCUCCACAGACCCCGGGGCAGCCAAGGAGGUUGUUCUGGCCGAGAAGCCGCUCAUAGCAGAGGAGACGGACCUAAUUGAGCCCACCCUGCUGGACGAGCUCAUCUGCCACAUUGCCUCCCUGGCGUCUGUCUACCACAAGCCUCCCUCAGCCUUCGUGGAGGGACGCACCGGCCUCCGCAGGGCACUACCCAAGACCCCUGGGGACAAUGACACCGGUGGUGAGCAGCAGCAGCAGCAGCAACAGCAGCCACAACAGCCCACGGUCAUCCCCAACCAGGACUCCCUCAUCCCUGACCUCCUCAACAUGGACAUCAGUGCCCCUCCUGUUGUUCCUGCUGCCCAGCCAGGUGGCACCCUGGACCUGCUCAGCGGAGGUCUGGACUCCUUGCUGGGAGGGGGUGGGGCUGACGUGGCAGCUGCCCCUGCCCCGGGUGUGGCCCCGGCAGCUGGAGCAACCUCGUCCGCAGGCCUGCUGGGUGACAUCUUUGGCAUCCCCUCCACUGCCACACCAGUCUACAGCGUCCCUAAGCAGGUGUGGCUUCCAGCUAACCGCGGCAAAGGCAUGGAGAUCCACGGCACGUUCAACCGCAGGAAUGGCAUCAUCACAAUGGACAUGACCAUCCACAACAAGGCAAUGCAGCCCAUCACAAACUUUGCAAUCCAGCUCAACAAGAACAGCUUCGGGAUCAGUCCAGCAGCGCCCCUCAACGUGCCCGCUCCUCUGGCCCCCAACCAGUCUGUAGAUGCGUCCCUCACCCUGUCAAUCAGUGGCCCUGUCCAGCGCAUGGAUCCCCUCACCAACCUGCAGGUGGCCAUUAAGAAUAGUGUUGAUGUGUUCUACUUUGCCACCGUGAUGCCCAUGCACAUCUUCUUCACGGAGGACGGCGCCAUGGAGAAGCGGGUGUUCCUCUCCACCUGGAAGGACAUCCCCAGCCAGAAUGAGGUCCAGUUCAACAUCGACAAUAUAAACAUGAACGGAGAUGCCAUCUCAAACAAGCUGCAGAGCUCCAACAUCUUCACCAUUGCCAAGCGUAACGUGGAGGGCCAGGACAUGCUCUACCAGUCCAUCAAGCUCACCAACGGCAUCUGGGUGCUGACGGAGCUCAAGCUGCAGCCAGGCAACACAACUGUCGUGCUCUCCCUAAAGUCACGUGCCACAGAUGUUGCACAAGGGAUCUUUGAGGCCUUUGAGGGGAUCCUGCACUGCUAACCAGUGUGCAGACUUGCUACAACCCUGAGGCAGCUGGGUCCGUGCCCGGUGUGUUCAUAAAAGACUAGUAAGUGUUGUGGCAGUGAGGACAAGGGGCAUAGUGUUGCUGGUGGAAUGCCACACCGAGAACAUGAAGUAAUACUGACCCUAGAUCUUGGUCCUCUGAAUGUUGAUGUGUUAAUUGUUGUACAGAGCAUGAAAGAUUAGUGGAUAAGACGCCUGUUGUUAUAAUGUUCAUUCCAGCCUAGCUUACAGAGGUGAUCUGUUAGAGGCUAAGAUGCAUAUAUAAUUAUUAUCUCUAAUAAAUAUAUCAAAUCCA